AUGUCUGCCUACGGGAAACCAGCUCCCUCCGAACUUCACAGCUAUGAACCAAAUCGUGCUUAUCCCGAGGGAUCCUUCCCAUACGCGACAACAUAUGGAUCGCAGCCUGGUUCCUCCUCAGCCACUGCGCCCGGGUAUGCGCACUCACAGCAAUUAAAUCCGAUGGCCUUCCCUCCAUCGCAGAGCCGCACGCCCUACGAUGUACAGUCAGGACCUUAUCUCAAUGUUGGGUCGACACCAAUUCCUGAAAUAUCGAAAUGGGAGCCCAAAGCUGGACCCGCAUCAACGCCGUUGCAUGUGUACAUUAGUUCCAUGUACGAACUGAUGACAAGCAACACGCCAGUUUUCUACUUGAGUUUUGGAGGUCGAAAGUGUCAAGCGGCGUUGACGAAAUCGAGCCAACAAGGUGCUGUCUGCCAAUACACCGUUUCAGCGCAAGUCCCGGAUUUCGCGGUGACCGGUUGUACAACUUCCCAAGUACCAGUGAAUAUGCUCAUGGAGAGCGGAGAUGGCGAUGUCAUUGCGUCGGUGGAAGUGGGAAACUUUGGUUAUGUCAGUGAUGUGCAGAACGAUUAUGGUGCGCAAGACGGUUCGAGGAAGAGAAAGAUGUCGGAUGCAUCUCCAGAGUUGAUAAAGAGUCCUGCAAAGCGAAACUCGGCUCAAAUGCUUAGACCGAAGGAGGAGUAUACCGCAUACGGAUAUCCUACCGGUCAAAACAAUUCCUCGUACUCCCCAUACAUGCAAGCCAGUCAAGGGUAUAGCAAUGCUGUACCACAGUACAACCGACCAUUAGCAGGCUAUCCAUCACAACCUUCGAGAAACAUCGGUUACGGUUACUCAAACGCAUCGAAUGCGUCACCUCCUACAAUCAAAGCGCAAUCACCUCGGGUAGGAAGUUGGAGUCCAGCGUACGGAUCGGCGGGGCAGCAUCUUGGGAGAGGUAGUGGACUUCCUUCGUCUGAGUCGAUGAGCCGGUCAUCUCUACCUUCACCCGGUCUAUCUGCAAACCCACCUCUAAUCAGAACUUCCACGCUUCAACAGACACCAAGUCCAGCAACCAUACCACAUGGCGGGAUUCAUGGACAACAGUUUGCACCAUAUAAUUUAUAUCCAAGCAAGGCGAAAUUGGAAAUCAACGGUGACAUAGAGUCGAUGGCAAAAGAAUGGUCAGAAGAUGAAUGGGACGCAAAACGACGGCUGGUUGUUUUCACAAGAUCACAGUCUGGCAGCACAAUUUCCGCUUCAUUUCGAGCAGUAACGCCAGAAGAGCGACCGCCACAGAGUAUUUGCAUCAGUUGCAUUUACUGGGAAGAAAAGGAGCAGUGCUUUGUCACGAGCGUGGAUACGAUCUCUCUGCUGGAACAGUUGGUUGCAGCUCGAUUCACUGUGGAAGAAAAGAACCGGAUACGCAGGAAUCUGGAAGGCUACCGACCUCUGACUGUUUCCAAGGGAAAACCAGAUAGCGAGGAAUUCUUCAAAGUCAUCAUGGGCUUUCCAACGCCAAAACCCCGCAAUAUCGAAAAAGAUGUCAAGGUGUUUCACUGGAAAGAUCUAGCCGCAGCGCUCAAGAAGAUCAUCGGCAAAUACUCUGCUUCCCCAUCUUCGACCUUACCGCCUGCUCCACCACUUCUGACUCCAUCGAGCUCCACGGGCUACGCAGCAGAAGGAUCAUCUGCCGGCAUUUCCUAUAUGGGAGAUCAUCAUGGGACCAUGUCUCCUCGAUCGAUAUCAGGUUCAACCACCUCAACCGCAUACGCAACGUCCAUCCCCGCGCGCGUACUCUCACCUCAUAGUCAGAAGUCCAUGGUGCUAGGCCCAGGUCCAUCUGAUCUUCGCGUCUCUCACGACCCCCACUGGCAAGGGGGGCAGCAACAGCAGCAGCAGCAACACAUGCAAACCUCUCAUCAAUACGCCCAUCUCACCCCCCAGACCGCUCGAGGCUCUUGGGACAUGGCAAGCUACAACCACGCAAAUCAAGCGGCAUCCUUGACCGGACAGUUAGCAAAUUACCCUCGCAACAAUAACAUUGCGGAUAACGCGGUUUCCGGAGCAGAUAACCAACUUGUUCGCAGUCAGAGUCACCAGAUGUCUCUAUCGCGUACGUGA